ACAAAGUUUAACUACAAUUAUUUGAAUGAUUAAAACAGUAACACUAUAUUGUUAAAGUGAUUUCAUAUCUUACAAAUGAUCAAGUUUAUAAUGCGUGGUUUUCUAUUUCUCAGGCUUGGGAGGUUAAUGAUAAACAAAAAAUAAAAUAAAAUAAUUCGUGACGAAAGCUUUGUCAGUCAUAAGAAUCUGUGCAAAAGAACUUUGAAAAUGUCAUCUUUGAACUUUUUUUCCUAAAAAACGAGACAGUGAAUCAUUUUUGAAUUUUGACAAUACAUUGAUAAAGUACUUAUUUAUAUAUAAACUAAGUUUCAAAUUUCAAAGUUGGAAAAUUCUUUUAACAUUAGAAUCGCUCGAACUUUAACUUUCGUUCGUUAGAUUAAAUUUAGGGUACUACUAUUAAUUCUUCAUAUGAAGAUGAUUCUCAAAACGAUCCCACCUAUGAUUCCUCUACAAUAAGUGUACCAUCAAAUAUUGCUGAUUCUACUAAUCAAAACGACACAAAUCUCAACAGCAAUGUAUCAGUUGAAGAAUUGUCAUCAAACCCUUUUUUUUCGUCUAGAAUUUCUUCUAAUAUAGACGCGUUUUCCAAAUCUGGUGCUUGCGACAAUUCAAAAUUAUUUGUGCAACUAUCUUGUAAUAAUCAAUCAGAUAAAAAACAUGCUUGUUUUUACUGUCAUAAGUUGUAUCCUAAAAUUGCUCGGCAUUUGGAAACAAAACAUAAAAACGAAGAAAUCGUAAAAAAAUUUGCUUCUCUUCCGAAAGGUAACGCUGAAAGAUUAGAAAUUAUAAAUCGUUUAAGAUCUGCUGGAGAUUUAUUACACAACACUAAUACAACACAUAACACUGGAGAACUAAUUGUUAGUCGUCGACCAAAUAUUAACUUUGAUUCUGCAGCUGUUGACUUUAAAACUUGUCCCAAUUGCUUUAACACUUAUACAAUUAAGAACAUCAGGCACCAUACCAAAAAAUGUACUAAAGUGUCUUUUAAAGGUGAUCGCUCAAUUUUAAUUCUUGGAAAAGCCAUAGAAGGUCGAUUAGAUGCUAAAGCAAGUGAAAAUUUGAGAACCGUUGUUUUCCCUGUCUUGAGGGAGGACGAAAUAACACGAUUAAUUCGAUACGAUCGAUUAAUUAUUAUCUAUGGUAAUAAAUUAUGUUUGAAAUAUACCCAGCAUUACCAACACAAUAUGAUUCGCUCCAGAAUGCGGUUAAUGGGACGAUUGUUACAGUCAGCUAAAGAUAAAGACGAAAAAAUUACUGAUCUUAUGUCUAUUUACACUCCUAAACAUUAUGAUACUGUCAUAGCCGCCAUUCAAUCUGUUGCUCAAUAUGAUUUCAAAACUGGUACAUAUAAAGCUCCCGCAGUAGCCCAAAAUCUUUGCACGUAUAUAAAACAAGUUGGAGCAAUUUUAGAAACAGAAUUAAUUAAGACUGAAAAAAAUGAAGAAUUGAUAAAAGUACAAAAUUUCCUGAAAAUUUUAGCUGAAGAUGCAAGCACGUCUGUAUUAAAAGCUGCAUUUGAAAGUCAGUGUGGUUUAAGAAGAGAAAAAAAAGUUAUUAUGCCAUCAACCGAUGACAUUAAACAAAUGUUGAAUUACUUGAAUAAUGAACGGUCAAUUUACUCCACCAAACUGAAUGAAAAAUUUUCUUACGCUUAUUGGUUGAGGUUGAAUGAAUUAACUAUGGCUACCUUGAUUGUAUUUAAUCGACGUCGACCAGGUGACAUCCAAAAUAUAAGAGUUUCAGAAUACAAAACUCAAACAACUAUUGAUGAAACUGUUGAUAAACAUUUAUACGGCUCUCUAGAUGAAGAAUCAAAGAAACUUGCUAAAAAAUACUAUAGAUUCGGUAUUAGGACAAAAAAAAAUCGUGAUGCUGGGGUAUUAAUUCCUACAGAUGUACGUGACAACAUUGAAUUAUUAUUAACAUAUCGAAAAGAUGCUCAAGUUCCGGAAUCAAACAUUUAUUUAUUCGGCUUACCCUCUUUAGAUGAUUCAAGAGUUAAAGUAAUCGGAGGAUGUCAAGUAAUGCGAAAAUUUUCGGUUGCUAGUGGUGUGAAAAAUCCUGAACUUUUAAGAGCCACAAAACUUCGUAAACACAUUGCAACAAUGUGUGUUAAGCUUGAUUUAUCUGAAAAUGUGAUUUCUGAGCUUGCCAACUUUAUGGGUCAUGCUGAUAAAAUUCAUAAAGAUAUUUAUCAGCAGCCACAAGUUGAACGUGAGAUAUUUAGAGUUUCAAAAUUGCUUGAAGCCGGAAUGGGGCAGUCAGAUUCUGAAGACGAAGAUGAUACUGAAAAUGCGGAAGAACUUGACGACAACAUAAAUACUUAUCAUAAUUUCAGCCCUGAACGAAUCAAAGUUGCAGCUGAUAAUUCGUCUUUUGAAAGUGAUUACCACCAAAAAGAUGAGCAGAAGUUCUUUGAAGAGACUUUUGAUAAUUGUCAACAUUCGUCCAAUAAGCGUAGUCAAUUAUCAAAUAAUAUUGAUAAAUUUUUGACAAAUGUAAGAUCUAAUAGCAUAGAUAAUACUGGCUGUAAACGCAAACAUGAAAAACGUCGCUGGAGAGAAGAAGAAAAAAACAUAGUUAUGAAGGAAUUUUCGAAGUAUCUUAAAUCGACUAAAGGUCCUUCAACGGAUGAAAUUGAAGCUCUUCAAAAUAAAAAUCCUUGUUUAAGCCAACGAACAGUUGCACAAAUCAAAACUUGGUUUAACAACCAAUCAAAAGAAGUGAGAAGCAAUGAUUACAGUAAAGAUAAAAUUUCGGCUCCAAAGGUUAGAAGUAUUCAGUCAGUUUGUAUAAAAAAUCUUCCACUUCAUAAAACUAAAAAUUAAUUACAUUCUAUGAUUAUUUACUAUAAAUUUUAUCUUUAAUUAUCUUAAUAUGUACUGGGCUAGAUAUAAUAAUUAUUAUCUAUUUGUUAUUCGAAUUGAAUGAUUAUAUUUACAUUAUUACUUGUUACUUCAAAUGUUCAAUAAGGAAUUUUUACGAUUUUGUUAAUAAUAUUCGGAAAUUUCAUUCAAAUAAUUUGAUUCUUAAUGAAAAUAUCAACAUUAGAUGUUUUAAAAAUAAUACAUGAAAAAAAACAAAAGGAUUUCUUGGCGCAUAAAAUUUUUACUCAUCCCAAGACAAUGUUUACUUGCUCUACGAAAUCAGUGGAAUUAUAAAUUGAAAACGAAAAUUUUCUCGGGGCGAAAAAAAAUUAUCUUGAGCCAAAAUAAAAUUUUUUCUAGUUCGAAGAAAAUUUUGGUUUAUAUUUAAUAUUGAGAAAUUUUUCUUGCCCCAAGAAAUCCUUUUUUCCUAUGUUUGUUUAAAGAGAAAGACUGAUAGUUAAAAUUGGUUUUGUUUAAUACUAGUCGGUGUUAAUGAAUUUGGUAUUGAUUAAUUUUUUUUAUUUAUUCAUAUCAAAUACUAUAAUUAAUUUUUUUAACACUAAUUACUAAAUGAAUUUAUUUGUUUAUUUGUUUCAAAUUGCCAUUAUUUACAAUUAAUUUUAUUUAAGUACUGUAAUACUCUAUCUACCAUAACUGGGGUAAUUGAUGUUUGUCAAACGAACUCUAUUAGCUCAGGAAGUUUUCUUGUGGAUUAUUUUUAUUUACUAUCAAAUGUAGGAAUUACUAUUUUCCUCAUGAAGUCAUAUGUUUCUUAAGUGAAUCCUAAUAGCCAAAGGAGUUCGUUUGUAGAUUACCGUUAAAUUAUUUUUAUUUACACUGAAAUGACUAAAUACAUUACUGAUUUUAUUUAUGUUACUUUUAGGAAAAUAAUGUUAUGAUAACAGAUGGUAGAAGAUAUUACUUGCAAUGUUUG